AUGCGGAACCUCUACACGCCGCUCGAGAGCAACCCUUACCAGCCUCACAAGACGGUCGAAGCCAAGUACACCUUGUGCGAGACUUGUGAGCGCAACAUCGAGAGCAAGGAUUGGCCCGCCCACCAAGCCGGCAAGAAGCACCAGAAGGCCAAGAAGGAGAAGGAAGCCAAGGAAGCUGCCGCAAAGAAGCCUGUCCAGGAAGACAAGGUCGCCGACUGGGGCGAUCAAGUCAACGACGAUGCUGCCCAGCAGGAGGAAGCCGGUUGGAACGACGAGAAUGGCUUCACCAGCACCGGUCCUUCCAAGAACAAGGGUUCUAACGGUACUUGCUACAACUGUGGUGAGCCCGGCCACAUGAAGGCCGAUUGCCCCCAGCCUCCCAAGGGCGGUGGAGGUGGCGGUCAGGAGUGCUUCCACUGCGGCCAGCCUGGCCACCGUAAGAGCGAGUGUCCCAACGGCGGCGGCAAUGCCUGCUUCAGGUGUGGCGAGUUCGGUCACCGCAAGGCCGAAUGCCCCAACCCUCCCCAGGGCGGUGGCGGCGGCGGCGGUCGCCCUUGCUUCAACUGCGGCGAGAUCGGCCAUCUCAAGAGCGAGUGCGUCAACCCGACCAACCCUGCUGCUGGUGGAAGCAGCCGUACUUGCUACAAGUGCGGCCAGACUGGACACAUCGGCAAGGACUGCAACUUCUGCCAGAACUGCGGAGAGGAGGGCCACGGCUUCUUCGACUGUGAUAAGAAGCGGGACUGGUCCAAGAUCACCUGCUCUGUUUGCAAGGAGAAGGGCCACACUAAGAAGAAGUGCCCCAAGGCCCAGGAGAUGGAGGCUAGUGGAGGAGGCUUUGGCGGUGGCUUCGACAGCGGCUUUGGCGGCUCGGCUUCCGGUGGCUGGGACUCUGCCGGUGGUUCUGGUGGAGCGACUGGUGGCUCUUGGGACUCGAACGGUGGCGGCGGUACCUCCAACGACUGGGCCGGAGACGCUCCAGCUGGCGGUGCUGGUGGUGGCGGCGGCGACUCCUGGAACAACGACAGUGGCGCGGGUGCUGCUGGCGACGGCAGUGGCAGCUGGGACAACUCUGGUGGCGAUGACAACGCUACCGGCUGGUAA